UAUUAAAUGAUCAUGAUGGUGAUGAGAAAAAAUCGAAUGCAAACAAGAAUCUCCAAUUUGUUGAUAUAUUUCUUAUUGUCAUGAUGUUUAUGAAGAUGAUAAUGUCUACUAAAUAUUGUCAUCGUUUUCAAAAUAUUAACACCGUUUGUGCCCGUAAUCAUCGAUUAUUCAAUUAUCGAUUUAUUAUUUAUUUAUCAUACAUAUUUUGCCUAUCAACAACAUCAACAUCAAUAUCGAUUAUGGCAAAUGAUCAAUUUUUAAUUGCACAAUCAUCAUCAUCAUCACCGCCAUUACAAUCGAUAAUGUUGGCGCGAACAUUACCACUUGUGCAAUCAUAUGGUGAUGAUAAUAAUUCUACAACACCCAUAUGUCCAUUAUAUAUCGAUAGUGGUGGUAAUGGUGAUGACCACAACCACAACAUGACAUUAAAUCCAUGUCAUUGUUAUGGUUCAAUUAUAAUGGGUAUAUUUAUUGAAUGUACAGGUGCCAAUAUCAGGCAAAUAAAUCACACACUUAAUCAUUUACGAUCAUCACAUUCACAACAAUCAAAAUCAGCUGUUCAUUCAUUAAGUAUUUAUCGAUUAAAUACAUCAUCAUCCACGCCUUCAUUACCUGAUCAUUUAUUCAAUUCAUUUACAUUAAUCAAUGAGCUUCAUAUAUCGUCAACGAAUCUUACACGUAUCGGCACGAUACAAACCUAUAACGGUCUUGAAGAAUCACUAAAUUCAUUAAGUUUUGUUGAUUCACAAAUAUCUAUGAUACCCAAAUCAACAUUAUCGAAAUUAACACGGCUAAAAUCACUUGAUCUGCAAUCCAAUCAUAUUUCUAAUCUUGAUUCAUAUGCAUUCUAUGGCAUUCCAUUGCGUGCGCUGAAUUUACAGAAUAAUCGAAUAAAAAAUCUACAAGAAUUUGCAUUCGGUGGCCUAGAGAAUACAUUGGAAGAAUUAAUAUUAAACGCAAAUCUUUUUGAACAUUUUCCAUUAUUUGCAUUACGUAGAUUACGGAAAUUGGCUACAUUGAAAUUACAGAAUAAUCAAAUUAAUCAAAUACCAGAUGAUGGUUUUACACGUUUCACUGUAUUGGAAACACUUGAUUUACAAUCUAAUCAUAUUCGUCAUCUUAAUUCACGUAGUUUUAUGACAAUGCCCAAGUUGAAAAUUCUGUAUUGUUCCAAUAAUCUACUUACGGUGGUCAGUGAUAGUUCAAUAUUUCAACAGCUACCUCUUCUGGAAACAUUAGAUUUAAGUCUUAAUCGUUUGCGUGUUGUUAAUCUGGAUGGCUUGGAAAGUAUUCGGACAUUGGAUUUAUCUUAUAAUCAUUUACAUGAUUUGCGAUUACAAAGUCUGACUGGUCUGCGAGAAUUAUUUGCCUCGAAUAAUAAUAUUCUACAACUUGUGAAUGAAACAUUUAUGAAUACCACGAAUUUAGAAGUGCUUUAUCUACAACACAAUGCAAUACAUUCAAUCAAUUAUAAUACAUUUUAUCAUCUACAACAAUUACGCAUACUGGAUCUAUCAUUCAAUCAACUACGUCGUCUACAUCAAUCAUUGUUUAAAAAUACAAAUCUAUUGCAAUCAUUAUAUCUGGAUAAUAAUCUUAUCGAUGAUAUGGGCAUUGAACCAGGUAUAUUUCAAGAAUUGGUUGAUUUACGUGAUCUACGUUUACAACAUAAUCGCCUUAAACAUAUACGUAAAGGUGUAUUUUAUUCACUGCCAAAUCUUCGUGAUCUUGAUCUACAAAUGAAUGAAAUUGAAAUAAUUGAAUCAUUAGAAUCAUUAGCAUCGCUGCAACAUUUAAAUCUUCAGGGUAAUCAUCUGACCGUAUUUAAUGGACAAAUUCUGUCAAAUUUUCCGUCCUCAUUACGUUAUCUACAAUUAAGUUGGAAUCGGCUUGAUUCCUUGCAAAAUGAUACAUUUCGUGGUCAAAAUGAAGUAGAAGUUGUUUGGCUCAAUAAUAAUCGCAUCAAAAGGAUAACGGAAAGUGUUUUCACUGAUCUGGUUAAUGUAGAAAAAUUAUUUCUCAAUCAUAAUGAAAUCAACACGAUUGAUGAUGAUGCAUUUGUAUCGAUGAAACGUUUGAAAUAUUUAAAUCUUGAACAUAAUCAACUGGGUCAUUUAGGACGUAAUAUGUUUAAAGGAUUAGAAAUGCUAAAAGAAUUACGUCUUGCUUCAUCAGAAAUUAUUGGCAUUGAACCGAAUUUGAUGGAAUAUCUACGUUCAGUUGAAAUAUUGGAUUUAUCGGAUAAUCAAAUCUAUACCGUACGACGGUCAAUAUUUCAUUUGGCGAAAAAUAUACGCGAACUUUAUCUACGUAAUAUAAUGGCCGAUGAAAUUGAAGUCGAUUCAUUCGAACAGUUACAAUCGCUGCGAGUGUUAGAUUUAAGUCAGAAUUCAAUAAAUGCUCGACGUAUGAAUGGUAUACGUUUACCGCAGACAAUUCAAUUGUUGAAUAUUUCCCGAAAUAAUCUUUCAAAUAAAAAAGGAAUCGAACUAAGUCCGGAAUUCAUACAUCAAUUGAAUGAUAGUUUAGAAAUAUUAGAUCUAUCGCAUACACAUUUUCGUUGGACAAUAAAUUCUCCGGAUUUUUUUCGUCCAUUAAUCAGCCUAAAUAGAUUACAUUUAGAUUCCAAUGAAUUGAUACGUCUUGACGAUAACAACAAUGGAUCAUUUCCGGUAUUGAUGACACGAUUGUCAACGCUAACAUUACAAGAUAAUCAUUUUGAAACGAUACCAUCAUUAUUGGCAACAUUUGUGCCGAAUAUUCAAUCAUUAUCAUUGGCAUAUAAUCAGAUUAAAAAAAUUCCAACAUCAGCAUUUGAAAAUCUUCAUCAUUUGCAAUGGUUGAAUUUAGCUUCAAAUCGUAUCAGUGUUAUUGAAUCAUUAGCAUUUGUUGGCCUCGAUCAGCUACAACAUCUUGAUCUAUCCGGAAAUGUUCUACGAUCAUUGUCAUCGAAUGUUUUCGAUAAUCUACCACGAUUAUAUGAUUUGUCAUUGGCAAAAAAUUGGCUACAAUUUAUUCCAAAUAAUCUAUUCAAAUCAUCGAAUGUGAAUCAUUCUUUAUCAAUCACUACUAUGAAUGAAUUGAAUCUUGAUUCAAAUCCAAUCAUUAAAUUGCGAGAAGACUCACUUAUUCAUGAUGGUGAUGAUUUUCCAUUGUUAACCAUACUUCGUGCCCAACACGGUAAUCUAACCGUAUUGACUACAAAUGAUUUUAUUGGUCUCAAUCAUUUGGAACAAUUAUUUCUACAUGAUAAUCAAAUCCAAACGAUUUCACCAUCAACAUUUCGUUCAUUAUCCAAAUUAAUUAUAUUGGAUCUAUCUGUGAAUCGAUUGGACAAUCUUCCACAAGAACGAAUAAUCGGUCUUGCUCGUCUAGAAUCAUUGAAUUUGUCACAUAACUCACUUACAGAAUUGCCAUUAUUUUCUCAAGAUUUGGGCCAAAAUUUACAUACAUUAGACAUAUCAUUCAAUCGUAUUUCACGUAUUGAAUCCUUUGGGCAUUUAUCAUCGAGCUUGAAACAGCUAUCAUUACGACAUAAUAUGAUUGGUUGGAUUGCAAAUAAUGCAUUUCAAAAUAUGACAUCAUUAGUACAGAUUGAUUUGCGGCAAAAUUUCCUUACACAAAUUAGUGAAACAAUUUUUGAAUCCAUAGAAGUACGAUUGAAAUCGAUUAUGUUAGCCGGUAAUCCAUUCCAUUGUGACUGUCGUUUAUUAUCCAUAUAUCAAUGGUUGGAAGAACAUUCACGUUUAGUUAAAUUUGAUAAUGAUUAUGAAGAAAUGAUGAUCUGUGACCAACCGGAAAAACUGAAACAUGAUUCUAUACAAAGUUUACAACCGAUUGAUUUUUGUCCAAUACCAAUGAUAACAUUAUUGGAGGUGAAUAAAAUUGAAUCAAGUUCAAUUCGUUUACGAUGGGAAGUACAGAAUGAAACAUUGGUUGGUGGUUUUACCCUUGAGUAUUAUCUAACAUCUGAAAGAUCAUUAACAUCACCAGCUGGUUUACAACUGAAUUCUGGCGCACGUAAUGCUGAACUUCGUGAUCUUGUGGCUGAAAAAUGGUAUACAGUUUGUGUGGAAGCUAAUGGUAAAUAUCUUCGAACAUCAUCAGGUUCUUCAGCCGCUGCAUCAUCAUCGAUUGGAUCUUCAGAUCAUCGAACCAUGAUUAUGUCACAACAACAAGCGACAACAACAAUAAAUGAUAAACCAAAAGCGCAUUAUAUGAUCAGUGAUAAUCAUCAUCCAUUCAGUAUUAAUGAUGUGACGGAUAAAAAACCAAUAUUACAGAAUUUUGUUUCCGGUAAUCGAAAAUGUUCACAGAAAAAAGAUCGAUGAACUCGAUGAAUUAUCGAUUCGACCGCGCUCGCGAUCACACUCAAUCAAUCAAUCAAUCAUU